AUGGAGAAGCCACCACAACACGAAACGGCGACGGCAGCAGACAAUGAGGAGGACCAUAUCAGCAAGCCGCCGGACGACAUUCUCGUCCAGAUCCUGUCCUUGUGCCCCUACAGGAUUCUCAUGAGAACGGUGUCGGUUUCAACAAGGAAGGACGUGGCUAUGGAAUGCCGGUACGCAGGCGACAUGAUCGCGCUCGCCAACGCCACGAAACUGCUGCUGCCCGCUAGGGUCGAGCUGCAGGUGCUGCCGUUCUGGUACGCCGUGAGGCCGCUGCGCAUCCACGGCGCCGGCGUCAGCGCCCUUCGGUCCCUGACGCUGCUGGGGGACAUGGUGGUGCGCAAGGACUUCCCGCUCGCCGCCACCGUGUUCCCGUCGCUGGAGGACCUGCACAUCGGCGAGUGCACGCUCGCUGCCAGUAUGAGCGUCACGUCGGACACCAUGCCUCACUUCAAACACCUCCGCUUCACCGACGUCAGCGUGAUGACGGAUGACACCAAAGCCGCCAUCACCGUGCUCGCCGAUGACCUGAGGACUCUCCGCAUGUCAUGCCGUUGGUACAACAAGACUGAAUCGCCAUCGGAGCCGCUGUUGUUCUUAUGUCACUCGGGCGUCACAGCCGUGUUCACCAAAUACUCGUUGUUCCUCUUACGUGCACCCAAGCUGGCGGUGUUCGAGUGGCGAUGCUGCUAUGCUGACGAGGUGCGCAUUGAGGCCGUGGGCUGCCUCUCCGACAUCGCCAUCGAGGUUGCCGCCGGUAGGACGCGCACGUUGACUCCAAUUGGCACGGAACCCAAGUACGUGACAAUACAACAACGUGACAAACUUGUGACCGACAUCCUUCAAGGGCUUAUGCCUGGGCUGCAGCCGCGCACUUGGAAAGAUGUAACCAGGUAUGUAUAUACUUGA